CGCCUCCCAUCAUCGAUGACUGCGAUACACGACCUGCCGGUGGAGAUCCUGGCGACGGUGCUGGGUUAUCUACAUCCUCGAAGACUCAUCCUUUGCCGCCUAGUAUCGCGCCUCUGGAAUGAACUGGCAGAGAACACGCCCAAGCUGAAGUACAGCGCCGAACUGUGGCGCGAUGGGCUGCUCCCUGGCAGCACUGGGGCCGCCAAUCUCACCGAAUGCCUCACGGACUUGGUGGCGCGUCGCGAGGCUUGGCGCCAAGUGCAAGAGACGGCAAAGCGCGUUGUCAAGAUGCAGUCGCCAGAUAUGUGUCGCGCCCACGAGCUUGGCGGUGGAGUGUUCGUGCUGCAGGAAACACUGGGAAACAGUGUUGGCUCUAAGCUCUAA